AUGCCUAGAAACCGGUAUCAGCUACUGCUCCGGUUUCUGCAUUUCAAUGAUAAUUCUAGGGCUGUACCCCCUAAUGAUCCUUCCCAUGACAGGCUGCAUAAAUUGAGGCCCCUAAUAGACAGCCUGUCUGAGCGCUUCGCAACAGUUUACACCCCCUCCCAAAACAUUUGUAUUGACGAAUCCCUUCUCCUCUUCAAAGGGCGCCUACACUUCCGUCAGUACAUCCCAAGCAAGCGUGCCCGCUAUGGGAUUAAAUUUUAUAAACUUUGCGAAAGCAGCUCGGGGUACACCAACCGCUUUUUGAUUUACGAAGGAAAGGACUCACAAUUAGACCCCCCUGGUUGUCCCCUUGACCUGACUGUCAGUGGCAAAAUUGUGUGGGAGCUCAUCACUCCACUAUUAGGCCGAGGUUACCACUUAUACGUGGAUAACUUUUACACCAGCAUCCUCCUAUUCAAGACCCUACAUUGUUUAGAUACCCCAGCCUGUGGCACCAUAAAUCGUAACCGUAAAGGAUUGCCCAGGGAACUCCUCGACAAAAAACUGAACCGUGGAGAAAUGUAUUCCCUAAGAAAUGAUGAGCUCCUUGCCAUCAAGUUUUUGGAUAGAAAAAAUGUUUUCAUGCUGACGACCAUCCAUGACACGUCAGUAAUUGAAGAACAGAGAGCUGGUAGGCCCCCAAAAUCUAAGCCUCUCUGUAGCAAGGAGUACAGUAAGUACAUGGGUGGUGUUGACAGAACAGAUCAACUCCAACAUUAUUACGAUGCCACCCGAAAAACAAAGGCCUGGUACAAGAAAGUUGGCAUAUACCUUAUUCAAAUGGCCCUUCGAAAUUCAUAUGUUGUCUAUAAGGCAGCAGUACCAGGCCCCAAAUUGUCUUAUUAUAAGUACCAGUUGCAGAUAAUCCCUGCCCUCUUGUUUGGUGGUCUAGAGGAGGCAGUGCCUGAGAUGCGUGCCAGUGACAACGUGGCCCGAUUGGUGGGGAAGCAUUUUAUAGACACGCUUCCACCAACUCCUGGAAAACCAAGAGCCCAAAAAGCCUGCAAGGUGUGCCGCAAAAGGGGUAUCAGACGAGAUACACGGUACUAUUGCCCAAAGUGCCCUCGCAACCCCGGGUUAUGUUUCAAACCAUGUUUUGAAAUAUACCACACUCAGCUGCACUACUGA